CAGCACCGCUAUUCAGCCCGCAGUCCCGUUAGCUCAUUGUUAUUCAACCCGAGAGAGUGAGCGAGGGAGAGAGAGAGGGAUAGUGAAGGGGGAAGAGAGAGAAGACAUUGUCCGGGAAGAGGGAGAGAGGUAAAAUGCAUAGCAGAGGUUUUGCGCGUUAUUGAUCGUUUUCUACAGAUUACUAUUUGAAGUUGGAAUGUAAAUCUUGGGAUUUAACCGCGAUUUUACUUCAGUCUUUUGACCGGGCGGUGUGAACGUGGAGGCAUGAGUUUAAUCUGGCCAACAAUGAAGAGAGGUACAGAACGGCACCAAAAAUCUGACCUCAAUUUGAGUCAAUAAGGCUUGAGAGAGAGAGAGCGAGAGAAAGAGAGAGGUUGAAGCGAACGAGGGCACUGAAGGGGGGAAAUUGAGAUUUAGUGCUGUGGUGGGUUCAACCAUCCACCCCCCACAAACGACGGGGGAAAGUGGAAGGCUAGAGAGUCGAGUGAAAAAAAGUAGACAAAGCCGAACGGAGUUAUAACGAAUCGUCUUUUUCUACGAUGAUCAGAGAGACGGGGUGCACAGUCCACUACCAUAACGUCUAAUAUUAUUGUCUGAGAGGCUGCUUGGGGCACAACAGGGGAAACACCAUGUCUCGCUCUGACGAGGUCAACAAGAUGACUGAAAACGUUUACAAGGGGAUCCUUGACCAAUUCAAUCCCAGUCUGAAGAACUUUGUUGCCAUGGGGAAGCAUUAUGAAAAAGCCCUGGCAGGAGUGACAGUGGCUGCCAAGGGCUACUUUGAUGCACUGGUCAAACUAGGAGAACUGGCCAGUGACAGCCAAGGAUCAAAGGAGCUAGGUGAUACACUGUUCCAAAUGGCAGAGGUGCACAGACAAAUCCAGGUCCAGCUGGAGGAUGUGCUGAAGCUCUUUCAUUCGGAACUCCUCUCUCAGCUGGAGCAGAAGUUAGACUUGGACAUCAAAUACUUGACUGCGACGCUGAAGAAGUACCAGAGCGAGAGGAAGUCCAAGGUGGAGUCCAUCGAGCGCUGCCAAUCCCAGCUGAAGAAACUGCGCAGGAAGAGCCAGGGAAGCAGACACCCCAACAAAUAUGGAGACAGAGAGAUGCAGUAUGUUGAGCUGAUGAGCAGACGACAGGGGGAGCUAGACACUCUGGUUGCCGUGGGUUACCGCUCUGCUCUAACAGAGGAGAGGCGGAGGUACUGCUUCCUGGUGGACCGGCAGUGUGCUGUCACCAAGCUGCUCAUGAAUUAUCACUGUAAGGUGAAAGAGCUCCUUUCUCAGAAACUAUCAUCAUGGCAACAGUCAUGCUCUCAGCCCACAAAGCUUCCAGAGAGAGCGCUGAACCUGCUUCGUCACACCGCCCAUCAGACCCCUGGGGCUUCUGGGAUAGCUGAGGUCCUCCGGCAUGCUAAGUUGGGGGCAGCACAACCAGGGGAGCAGAGGCUAUCUGUGCAGGAAGUCCCACCUCUACUCAAUGGCGACAGCAGCAAUCGCUCUCAGCAACAACAGCAACAGCGUACCACCCAGUCCUCCCAGAGUGAGAGUCCUUCCCAGCAUUCCCCUGGGCCCCAGUCCUUCCGUGCCCUGACAGCACCGUCCAGCAGCACCCCUCUUCACACCCCCCACAGCAACAGCAAUGGCAGCACGACCACUAGUACCAGCCCCAGCAGCUCUGGAGGACCCAGCCUAUCCCAGCAUGUCCCUCUGCACAUCACCACCUCCUGCAGCUCCAGCCUGCAGUGUCCGCUGACGUCUAUGUCCACCGUCCUGACCCUAAGCCCCGGACCCCCAUCCUCACACAGCUCCCUGCAGGGCCUGUCACUCACCUCCGCCCCACACAGUCCUCCGCUGCCUCAUAGUGCCCCUCUCUCCAGGGCCAUGACCCCCGUGCCCUCUGGGCACCAUGGCAUCGGCAGCUCUCUGCCCAUCAGUAACCCCCAGUUGAUGAAGGGGGAGGUGUACGCCACCUCCACGCUGCCUCUGCCCAGAAGACCCAUUAGUGAAGCACGAAUGGGAGGACUGGGCUCUACCCUUCCCCGAGUGCUUCCUCUGUCGCCCCCUGCCCGAGUGGAGGCCCUGUUCGCCCACGCCCCCUCCACCUCCAUCGGGGCAGGACCGGGAGGAGGAAGAGGAGUUGGGGGUGGGGGCUCGUGUCUGCUGCCCUUCCUCCCAGGAGACAUGCUCAUCCUUCUCAUCAGUGAGCCCAGGGAGGGCUGGCACUACGGCCAGAAUGAGAGGACAGGACGGAAAGGCUGGUUUCCCUUCUCUUACACUCGACUUUUGUCCAGCUCAGCUGAUCAGCAGGAGCAAAGGUACGGAAAUACCUCUCUCCUGCUGUCCAAGGUGAACAGCACCAGCACCGGGCAGCUGGAUAAACUGGAGAAGCUGAUUCCGUCCGGCCCGCUACAGCUGAGCCCAGACUCGGAGGACGAGGGCUCCGUCUCCUCCUCCCAGCGGAUCAGCACCUUCAGGCCCCGGCCCUACAGCAUGGUCAACCCAGGCACCAACCAGCAACCCCUGCUAAAGCAGCCCACAGACUACAGAUGGGCCAAAUCUCCUCUGAGUUUGCCUCACCGCCUCCCUCACCAACCAGGACCAAUCCCUUUGCACACGUUCGCCUCAGGAAAACGGUGACCAACGACCGCUCGGCACCUGUCAUUGAGUAGGAGGGGACGGAUCUGCAGAUGGAUCGACUCGCCAGGCUUUAGAAAUCUUUAGACGAAGCUGCCACAAAAUAAUUUAGACUAAUACACACUAAAUGCUUGUUCUGUGACUAGAGAGCUUUGAGAUGUGGUUAGAGCUUAUCAUUCUAAAGUCCAAUACUGACAGUGUCAGUCAAAUACUCUAACUUUGGUAGAGAAAGGAAUCAAGCAUCCGAAGAGUUGAUUUUAAUCUCCAAACUUAGCUCAUUUUGAAGUUACUUUUUUCCCAAACUGGGAAAAUGUUUUGAAAAUUCAAAAAAUCAAGCAAUUGUACAAAGAAAAGACAAAACUGAAUAGCUAUUAGGAACCAUAUUUAAUAAUAGCUAACAGUUUUUGCUAUAGAAGCAUAAUGUCUUUACUUAAUUAUUAACUGUCACACUGGAAUUAGCAAUAGACAUCAUACUUUUUUGGCCUAAUCUUACUGUAUGGCUGUUUGGCUUUGUGGUAUGGCUGUUUCAUUAACAUUUGUUGUUUCCAUGGAACAGUAGUUUAUAAACAGAUAUUGUGCAGGGGCCUGCAGCCUGUCAGCUCAGGGACCAGGCCCUGAAUGGAGAACUGAAUAGUUUGUCAAGCGAGCCAGUGUAUAGCAUAGCCCUAAGGCUGGUGAGCUGUUGAAAGUAAAUACCGGUAUAUGUUUUUGUUUUUGAGACACUUUCAUAAGUGAGGCUUUUGCCCUCUGGGGGGGUAUUCGAAGUACAUGGUUUAGCGACAAACCUGGGUAAGUUAACGCAGAAUAAGUGGUAAACCUCCUAAUACAAGAGCCCCAUGGCUUCAUUCUUCUAGCAAAACAAAGCUAUAGGGCUCUUCUUUUAGGCGGUUUCCCACUUACUCUGAGUUAACUUUCUCAGGUUUGUCACUAAACCACAUACUUGGAAUACCCCCCUGAAGUGUUGCAUAUGAAAUGUACUUGUCUUGUUUAUGUCCACUACGUAUAGCCUCAUACUGGGUAAAUUAUAAAUAUAUCCAUCCCCUAUAAGCUUUGUUUAAAUGUAGCACAUAUAUUUUGCUUAAGUGGACAGUAUUGGAGAUAGAAGUUGAAAUUGUUUAGCAGUUUUCAUAAUCACAUAUGCGUUAAUACAUUUUCGUCAUAAUUAUGUUCUUUGAAAUGUUUCAGCAUAGACAAUAGUUUAAAAAAAAAGCAUGGAUGUCAGAAUUCAUAGGCCAAUGGUAGGCUAAUAUCAUCUGCUAAUUUUCUCAUGCUUUUUAGUGUUGACUUAAAUUUAACAAUCAUGAUUUUGAUUACCUACACAAGUAGAAAAAAGACAAAAUUGUUCAAAUGUAUUGAAUUCGUUAAAAGUGGCCAACCUAAUUUUUUUUUAUGAAUUAUUGUCUUGUAUGGUUGAGGCACUGGGAAGAAGCAAGUUGAUGGAUGUGGAAAGAUGCAGUUUUAUCUAGCUCGAAAGGGACGUUUGGACAUUUUUAUUGGUUGUGGUGUUGAAAAUGAAAGCAAGAAAUAAGAUGGAUAUCAGCACUAGUCUUUAUGUUUUUCCCCUCACUGUCUCUGUUGUUGACUCUUAGCUUGUUUUCAGAUCACUAUCAUAGGUCAGACCUGAUAGAUGUUUUUUUUCAUCAACUGUGUGGACUGAACAGAAACUUAUAGACCAUAUUCUAUCUUCCGAUGUACACCUGUAUAUCACAUGUGGCUAUCUGAAGGUAGACCAUGGUCAAAAGCUAGUGGUAAGAGGGCUAAGGCAGGAGAUGUGUAAUAAAUGGAAUGUAACUCAGAAAGUGUGGAAUGUUCUGGAAUGUUGAAAAGUGUAGAAGUAAGUGUUUAAGGUUAAGUAGAGUUCAGAUUAGAUUCAUUCGUAGGAUAUUUAUGCAUUCUUAUUCUCCCUUCAUUGUCAGUGUUCUUCUCUCCUGCCCUAUAAGAAAGCUGAGUAACAUUCAUGAGUGAGGUAAAUGUACUGUUUUACGAUGUAGUGUGCAAGCCUUCUCGGCAGGUUAAGAGUUUAUGUGAGUGAAAUGUACAAUCCGUCCCGUUAAUUUUGAAAGAGCUUCUCUGAGACUCUUAAAUAUGUACAGUCUAUUGACCGUUUUCUUUUGGAUGGGCAGCCACCUUGGGUUUGUUGCUGGAGCUCUCAUGACUCAUAAGAAAACAAAUGUUUAAAUAUUAGUGUUGUGUGUUAAAGCUGAUAUGACAGUGUCAAAAGCAGACAGGUUAAUAAUUCAUGUAACUGAUGAUUUUGCCUUAACAGUCGACAAAGUCAUUGAUUUAACGGUUAAAAAUGUAACAGAACUACUAGAGGUCAUUUUAGAGUUUUUAUUUAAUGUAGGACACCUUUCAAUGCCCUCAUAAAAUAAUAAGGCAUUGUUUGUUUUGUCUAUGCCAAGAAAUUGACUUGGAUACAGACAACCUAUAUACAUUGUGUUCUCAAGAAAGGCCUAUAGAUUUUUAUUAUGCUUGCUGUGUGUCUUUCAACUUAAGCUGUUGAAGUUUCUAAAGAAUGGUUUACAUGCUGGGCUAGAUAAUGUUAACAAAUAUAUUUUAUUGCUUACAGGGCUAUUAACUGAAAUUACAAUUACAAGGGCAUUUCAUGAAAAUGGGUCCUACAAACGGAUGGGUUCUGUUAACCUGCAAUGUCCAUUUUGCCCAUUUUCUCCAUCUCUUCAAGGAAAUCCAGAGCUGCAAACAUGCAAAGUGAGACAAUACCCAUUUUCCUCAAGAUGCAUAAUUUGGGAGUUUGCAUAAUUCUGUGCUUUGCAUCUGUUUGAAUUUGUAGGUUAAAAACAUCACACCUGUAUCUAUCCAGGUCCAUGUUUCAGAGUAUAUAAGUGAAGAGUACCGGUAAGGAUGACAUUUAGCCGUUUAUUUUUGAUUCCUCUUAAAUUGUAUGGGAAUACCUAUUUGCAUUUUUCUCUGUGAUUACUCAGCUCCCUCUGUGUAGAACCCUGAAUGCUGGAUUCUUUUUAACAUCAAAAUGUUUCUUUACAGUUUUUAUCAUGGUGUGAACUUUAUGAUAAAGAUUUGCCUGUAUGAAAACACUAACAGAGUGUACGAAACAUUCUAUCUUUCAGUUGAGCAAAAUAACAUGCCUUGUAUACACCCUGUAAGUACAUGCAUUUGGAGUAAGAACUUUGUAAAAGCAAGCCUUUAGUAAAUCAGGAUCUGAACUUUACCAUUGUAACUUACAAAUUUCUUGUCAGUUUUUUAAUGCAAUGUAUAGGUGACAUAAAAAAAAAACUGAUGUAUGAGAAGCUAUACAGUGCACUCUAGAGCACAAAGCUUCGUUAUUUUCUGCACUGGGUCACACAGAUACUAUAAGCACUCUAACCCAAGAGUCGGAAACAGAUUGUUUUACUCCAUUAUUUCUGUAUGUUUUGUUUUUUAAAAUGAACUCAAAUAAAGUAUGUUAAUCACUACA